UCUCAUAUCUUUGUAGGAUCCAAAUUUCAAUCCAAGCCAUUCAUUUGUAACACAGUAAUAAUGGAUGCAGAACAUGUUCUGGAAUUGCUAGAUUCUUUCUGGUUUGAGACUACAAUUCUCACCAACAAAACCCCUUCAAAGUUUCAUCAUCCAACAACAUUGGAUACAAUCUCUCAGACCAAGAUUGAAGAAGUGCUUCCACUAGACACAAAGAAACUAGUACUUCCAAACCUUGAAGUAAGGUCCUAUAGUGACCAAAACUUGGGUUCCACAGCAUGUGUUUUCUGUGAUUCUCCAUCACCAGAUUCUGUCCUCAGCUCACCAAAGCUUAGGACAAUCCCUUCUGAGAGGGAAGUCAGAGAAUUCUCAGUGGGAAAUAGUGAAAACAUUAAGAACAAAGAAAGCUAUAGACAUGGAAGAAGAAGAAGAAGAAGACUCAGGAAAGGCAACACCAGCAGAAGCUUAACAGAGCUUGAGUUUAAGGAGCUUAAAGGGUUUAUGGAUUUGGGUUUUGUGUUUUCUGAGGAAGACAAGGAUUCAAGAUUGGUUUCUUUGAUACCUGGGUUGCAGAGGCUGGGAAUAGAAGGUGAAGUGAAGGGUGAUGAAGAGGAACAACGGAAGAUUGAUGAAACUGUGAUUUCAAAUAAGCCUUAUUUAUCUGAGGCUUGGGAUGUUUUAGACCAAAGUGAGAUAAGAAAUCCAUUACUGAAUUGGAGGAUUCCAGCUAGGGGUGAUGAGAUUGACAUGAAACACAAUCUUAGGUUCUGGGCCCACACAGUUGCAUCCAUCGUAAGAUAACAAUGAGCAAAAAUGUCUUGUCUUUUUGGUGAAUGUUCUAAGUGCGAACUUGUUUCAUGUCUUCAGCAAAUCAGUAAUUGUAGAUAUUAUAUUAGAUUGUAGCUAUAUUAAUAAAUGUACAUAUUUUCCCAGUUUUACUUGUAUCCAAUAUUAUUUUUAUUUUUUUAGUUCUUUUUCUCUAUAUCUCUUUUUCCAAUAAAGGGCGAACCUCAAGCAGUGUUAUGUUCUUUGUGAUUGAAAGAUACAUGUUGGAAUUCAGGAAGCAGUCUUUUUACAAGUAUACGAGGGAAAGACUGUGUAUCAAGAUUGUCCUCAU